AGAGACACAUUAUAUUGGGGUGUAAAAUAUAUAAGAGAGCAGGAGGACAUUAUUCAGUUCUAGUUAAAAGAUUUUUAAGGGAAUAAUUGUGGCUUAUUUGGUUGUGGGCAGAAUAUUAUAUUUGUCCAAACUCGAACGGGAAGAUCUGUUGCGUCGACAAAGAUGGCUUCUGCUAGUGUAGUUUUGCGCAAUUUACCCGUGAUAAAACAGUCACUGAUAGCGAUAAUAGGCAACACGGGGUUGUUUGUGAAGUUUGUGUGCGUGUUGCUCAUCAUAGGUUAUGGCCUGUCGUUCUCAGAGAGCGCGGUGACGGUGCUGAGUGUGACCCCAGGCUACCUCCUGCCCCCGACCUUUUGGCUCUGGACCGCCUUCACCCACUGCUUCCUCGAGGUGCGGCUCUGGCAGGUCUGCGCCGACCUCGUGACUCUGGGGCUCUGUGGCAAGUUGAUUGAGCCCCUCUGGGGCAGCUUCGAGAUGGUCCUCUUCUUCCUCCUGGUCAAUGUUUGUGUUGCCUUUAUCUCUGCACUCUUUUACCUCAUCAUCUACAUGUGCACGUUUAACCCGGAGGUGCUCUUCAGCGUGCAGAUCAAUGGCAUGGCCGGCUACGUCGCGGGCCUGUCGGUCGCGGUCAAGCAGAUAAUGCCCGACCACGUCCUCCUCCACACGCGCACUCCGCUCGGCAAGAUCUCCAAUCGUCACGUGCCCCUCUGCUUAUUCCUGACGGCACUGCUGCUCUAUCUGUGUAACCUGCUCGAGGGUCUCUAUACCACCAUGAUCGGCUGCGGAAUUGCGGUGUCGUGGGUGUAUCUGCGGUUUUAUCAAAUUCAUUCCAAUGGCACGCGGGGAGACAUGGCCGAGACGUUUGCAUUUUCCUGUUUCUUCCCUACGGUGUUGCAACCACCAAUACAAGUUGUCGGGGAUUCUGUUUAUUCUUGUUUGGUGCGGAUAAAAGUGUGCCGAAGACCUGUCCGGAGGUAUGAUGUUGGCGCCCCCUCCUCCAUUGCGAUAUCACUUCCUGGUAUGGACCCCCAUGAUGCAGAAAGACGGAGACAAAAGGCGCUCCGUCUUCUAAGUGCUCGCUUAAACCAAGACAAAUCUGGUGAGGGUGGAGGAGCCUGGCCGACACUGGAUGACUCCCCUGGGUCAAGGACACAGUCUCCACAGCCAUCAUCUCAUCCCCCUUCGACACACACCACUCCCCUGCCACCUAAAUCUGGCAAGUCUGUAACUAUUGCUCUACCUCCCGAAUCCUCGGAGCUUCCAUCUACAAAACCAUCUUUGCCAGCUAGUUCGUCCAGCAGUUUACCUAGCAACAACUCCAGCAGUCUACCUAGCAACAACUCCAGCGUAGCAACAGCCACGUUAGUAACUAUUGAGAAGGAGUCUUCGGCGGAUACAUAAAGUGUAAACCACUAACAGUUGUGCUUGGCCUUCAUUUUACUAGUUAUAAGAGAAGUCAGCCUCUUUCUAAUAAUUCAGACUAUUUGUUUGGUUUAUGCUGAUUGGUCUGGAAUGUUAGCCCGUUUCUGGAAAUUCUGUACACGAUGAAAGAAAAUGGAGGAAUUGCGUGCGUCCAUGAUAGGAACACAGUCGAGAAGUGCUUUGGAAUGGAACUGAAGAUUGUUGUUGAAUAUACUAUACUUGUGAGCAGCAGGCUGUAUAUUAAAAUAAGGGCAACUGACAUACUGUAAUUAUUGUCCUAUAUAUAUAUAUAUAUAUAUAUAUAUAUAUAUAUAUAUAUAUAUGUGUGUGUAUUUACUGUAUAUAUAGGAACACUUUGGCCUUGUACAGUAGUAUUGUUUAUCAUAAUACAAUAUACUGAGGUCUUAUCCAGUAAAGCUUUCAUUAAUGAAAGUCCAAUUUAAACGCACAAGAGCCCUGAACAUGCUGCAGGUCAAGUCACUGUUGUUGAGAAUUCUUGUGAUUAAAGACACUUUUAGCCACUCGAUAAUAUUAUUAUUACAGUAAUUGUAAGAGAAAGAGGAAGUAUUUCAUAAUUAUUUUUACACCCAGAUACACAUAAUAUUUAACUAUUUCAGCUUGUAUAUAAAGGUGGUGUUUGCCUAACCUGUAACAGAUUCAAACUCUGAAUAGUAACGUGACUAAUUUUCUCUAUUAUAUCUCGCAUCAUGUCUGGAAAUUUGAAUUAUUUUCUCCAUUAUAUUUUAUCUAAAAUUUUGUUCUCUACCUUA